UGGGGGGAACGACGAGAGAGUCACAGCUGCGGCUCUAGUCGCGGUGGCGGCCGGCGACAACCAACGGCAGCGGCAAGACCAUAGUUCCUUCAAGCUCCAAUUCUACAAGUUUUCAUCAUCAUCAUCUUCUAAUGGAAUUUUGUGUGGGGUUCUUCUGCCAAUUACUCCAAAGCUCCUUUGAUCAAUUGGGAAGAGGUAUGUUUACCUAAAAUAUUUGGGAGCCUGGACUUGCGCAAUAUGGUCUUAUGGAAUGGUGGGAUGUAGCCAAAGAGAAAAAUAACCUAUGAAUUAAGUGGAUUCACGAGUGAUAUAUUAAGGAGAAGUGGAACUAUGAGAUAAAGGGGGACUGUUGUUAUUACUCGAAGAAGAUCUAGCAGAAUAGAAGUUUGUUUGAAAUGAUGCCUUUAACUAGAGAGUAUCCUACUGAAGAGGGCUAUAAGUGGUUGUUGGGAAUGAGGCAGAAAUCAGAGUUGAUCUCCUUUGUAUGGAAAAUGAUGUCUGGUCCUAAAAAUAAGUUCUUUGCUUGGCUCCUAUGCAGAGGUAGAAUGAAGACAAAAGAUAGGAUUAUUGGGAGGUACUUGGAUAUUGAUAGGACUUGUGUUUUGUGCAAAGCUACAGAAUAAGACACGUAUCACUUGUUUUGCAAUUGCCCAAUUACCCGUUCAUUGCUAAGGAGAGCUUCUGACUGGCAGGACUAUCAGUUUGGAGGUGUUACGGUUGAAGAAAUGAGGCAACAUAUUCUGGCUCUUGGAGGAAGGCUAUUAGCGCUUAUAUGGUUGUAUACUUGUAUGUUAUAGCGUCUGGAAGGCAAGAAACAGAGUCACGUAUAAAGCAAGAAAACCCCUGCGAAGAGAGUGUUUAGAGGGAUUAUUUUGCACCUUACUUGCGUACUCGGCAAAGGGGAAAAGCUAAAAGGGGAAGUAGUUAGUUUUGCAUGUUUGAUUAGUUGAGGCGUUUUAUGAUGAUUGGUUAAAGUUGUGCUCUCGAUUGGUUUAUUUGGGGCCUGUUUCGGAAUAACGUUAGAGAUUAGCGUAAGCAUUUUGGAUAAAAUUUUAGCGGUGUAGAUUACUUUAAAACGCUAAACGCUGCCCGUAGAUAGCAUUUUCAAAAUGCUAACGAACUUUAUUCCCAAACAGGCUUGAAUUAUGAUGUGCAUUUGUUUCAAAAAAAGAAGAAAGAACUAAAUAUAAAAUGUAUUUUGUUUGAUAUUACAAAUAUGUACGGAGUACUUAAUAUUAUUUAUUUAUCUUAUUUGAAUAUUAUUAUCAAAGGCCCAUAAUUUGCAGGUCUAAUUUGGUCUAAUAUAAGAGCCCAAUUUAGUCCUCCGUAUCAAGCAAGCGUUAACUCUCCAUCUCUUAGGCGCAGAGUAUUGUUUCCUCUGUCGUCUCUCUACAGGCUUCAAAACCAUGAGCGGCUCCGCCAACCUAUUACCGGCUCCCCUUACCUUCCAGAUUGAUGAAUGUGUGGCGGCAGAGAUCUUGAUACGAGUCGGCAGCGGCAAUAGUGUGACACAAUGCAGGCUUGUUUGCAAAGGAUGGAACUCCCUCAUCUCUACCCCAUACUUCACCCAUCGCUACAACACCUUUCUUGUUUGCAAACGAGAGGCCUUCACUCUCGUUUGCCAGUUUGGCGAACCUGAGAGAACCCCAUGCCCCAUCUUCACCCUUUCCUCCAAAACCACAACAACUCCAGAUGAUGAUGAUGAUACUACUGGUCCCACAGUUAUGACUGCCGUGGAUGACAUCACUCAUAGCCUCCAGAGCCUGGUUGCCGAUCCUGGUCCAAAGCGAGUCAAAACGUCGUGUCGUGGCCUGCUUUUGCUAUGCAAUUACUUUGGUCGCCCUGGUGGCACCCAGUAUUAUGUAGUGAACAUGCUUACCCUUGGGUGGAAGAAACUCCCCCCUUGAACCAGAACCAUCAUAUUCACUUGGACUCAGAGUUGCCAUCAACCAUCGCGCCUACAUCUCUUAUUCCACUGGACUUAUCAUAGAGGAGGAUGGUCGUCACAACACUUUGGGUGGUUUUAAGGUGGUUCGUAUCCCUUUUCUUGAUAGCAUGUGUCCUCUUAAUAAGAGAUUGCGUCGCCG